AUGUAUUCUAGAAAGAAAAAAACUUUAAGAAAAUGAUUCUUUUUUUCAAUUCUGUUGCUGUUGGAUGCUAAAUUUGUGGACCCCUUUACUGUCUACAUCCCACUAUGACAUGUAAUUAACAGAAAGUCGUCUGCUUGACGUAUGUUCCGUCACAUCUUAAAAUGUGACUGGGCUGGGCGUAAAGUGCACUGCAUGCAGGAUGUGAGCUAAUCUUGAAAAGGCAUCAAGUCAGUUUUAUGGUUAACGACUUAAUGUUAAUCCUGGAUACUCAUCUAGUUCUGCUGGUUUAUUCACAUUAUUUGCUAGGUUAGUGUAUCACUCUAGGAUGUUUCUUGGCUGCUGGCUAAAUAUAUAUUCUCACUCUUAAUAAUGAAUCUAGUUUUGACUUCCUAGCUAUCUAACUUACCUCUGUUCUUUUCAUGGAUAUACACUAAAACAUGGUGGUAAGAAAUGCAGAAUAUUCUUUCUGCAUCAUGAUACCACACCAAUUUCAUGUGUGCAAUUAACAAAGAAUAACUUAAUAGCCUACCUUUCAAAAAAAUAUUUCGGUUGUAUAAAGUGUCAACAGACUAUAUAGCCUUGUCCAAGGAAAAGGGCAAACGACAGCACAAAAAGAGAUGUUCAAAAAGUUUGAAUCUAUGCAUAUCCUAGUUACUCAUUUGCACCAAAGCAAUUCAAGAAUAUUAGAAGAUGGAGCUAUUUCACUCGUUUGACUCGUUUCCCUGCUUUUUGCAUGGCCCCUACAUGCAUUUUGGAUGGGCGUCUUUCCCUCCUUAACUUCUGGGAGCAUUUAUUUAGAUCGCCAGUGUAUGGUACAUAUCUGCUAUCGAGAAACUCAAUAUCCAUCACGAAUCCACUUUGCUGCCCUUGCAACUCCACUAAGUGUUUUUUUUAUAUAUUUCCUUUUCCCUUCUUUUGAAUAAAUGGACAUCUACUCAAUUUACACAAGCAGUGCCCUGCUAAUGCCAACCUCUUGCACCUGCACCCUUCUCUUUAAAAGGCAAGGCAAUGCACAUAGUAUAGUCCAAUAGCACUAGGAGUUUGUGAUGGACACUAGUGCUCCUUCGAAGUCUGGGACAGGUUUCUUCAAAACUUGCUUCAAUGGAGUUAAUGCUCUCUCAGGGGUUGGAAUAUUAUCCAUUCCUUAUGCAUUAUCUCAAGGGGGGUGGUUGAGCUUACUUAUCUUCACAACUAUAGCAAUUAUCUGCUUCUACACUGGGAUUCUCUUACAAAGGUGUAUAAAUUCAAGCUCACUUGUUAAGACCUAUCCUGAUAUAGGCGAGCUGGCUUUUGGACGGAAAGGAAAAAUCAUCGUAGCAAUAUUCAUGUACCUGGAGCUGUACCUUGUGGCAAUUGAUUUCAUGAUAUUAGAAGGCGACAACUUGGAUAAAUUAUUUCCAAGUGUCAACUUCCAUGUUGCUGGACUCAAGAUUGGAGGCAAGCAAGGGUUUGUUCUGAUUUUCAGCCUGUUGGUUUUGCCGACAACAUGGUUUCGGAGCUUGAAUGCGCUAGCGUAUGUCUCUCUUGGAGGAAUCUUUGCUUCAAUCGUUCUCAUCGCCUCUGUUACAUGGGUAGGAGCAUUUGAUGGUGUUGGUUUCCACGAGAAAGGCGUGCUUUUGAACUGGGCUGGUAUUCCAACUGCUAUGAGCUUAUAUUCCUUCUGUUUCAGUGGCCAUGCCGUUUUCCCCAUGAUAUACACAGGAAUGAGUGACAGAAAAAAGUUCCCAACAGUGUUGCUCUCGUGCUUCAUCGUCUGCACUCUUGGCUAUGGGCUGAUGGGCGUCGUUGGGUACUUGAUGUUUGGCAAAUCGCUGAGGUCCCAAGUCACCCUGAACCUUCCGACAAGGAAUUGGAGCUCCAGCAUCGCCAUAUACACUACCCUGAUCAACCCGUUCACCAAGUUCGCGUUACUGGUGACUCCAAUAGCAGAAGCGAUCGAGGACAGCCUUCAUGUUGGCAAGAACAAGGCUGUCAGCGUUACCAUUAGGACUGCGUUGGUCGUCAGCACAACCAUCGUGGCGCUUUCUGUGCCAUUCUUCGCCUACGCUGUUGCCCUCACGGGCUCAUUCCUGAGCGGCACUGCCACGAUGUUGCUGCCAUGUGCUUGCUACCUGAAGAUCAGAUCCAGAACCUGCAGAAAGCUGGGGUUCGAGCAGGUGGUUUGCCUGGGUAUUAUCGUAGUUGGUGUAGGAGUUGUGGUCGUUGGCACUUGCAGUUCCCUGAAACAGAUUGUUCAAAGCUUAUGAAAAACUGUAUGAUGUGGACGAAUCAUAUGUGGAGCUGACUAUGGUAAAGUUAUAUCUGUUCUCUGUACUUGUAUUUUGGCAGGAUAUAGAUAGGCAUUUUCAGGCUACGAAAAGGCUGGAUAAGAAAAAUGCCUAAUAUCUUGUGAUACGGAGACUUACUUCUUCCAAAGAAACUGGUUGCAUCUAUUAUGUUUAUAAACAUUAUUCACAUGUCUA